GAAUGUCAGUUCUAUGUUUUGAUCAUAAGUUUUGUGUUUUGACAUUUAGACAAUAAUAUAAUAUGCUGUAUUUAUAGCAACACUUAUAUACGUAAAAUAUAAUUUGAAAAAUUAUUAGAAUUACAUUCCAAUUAUGUUUAUUUAAGGAAAGUACACAAUAUUUCAAAAUAAUGUUGUUGAGUUUGCACAAUAGUUGAUAAUAAGUUUUGACAUGGAAAAUUUUAUUAGCUACCUUCAGUUUGUAAAGACAUGUCUCGAAGAUAACUUCGCCAGAUUCAAAAAUAUCCACAUUGUUUUAGGAAAUGAAUCAUGUGAUAUCGAUUCUAGUAUUUCGGCUAUUAUUCUUGGUUAUUUUCUUCAUUUUCAAAAACCAUCCAAGAUUCCCACCAAUUCUCUCAUAAUUCCCGUUCAUAAUGUCUGUAAAGAAAGUUUUCCUUUUCGUACAGAUACUUGUUACUUAUAUAAGGAAAUAGGAUUACCAUUGGAUCUUCUAGUCUACAAAGAUCAGUUGAGCUUUGAAACUCUAAUGAAAACGAAAAAUGUUACAACUUCUCUAGUAGAUCAUCAUGUGUUAACGGAAAGCCAGAGAAUACUGGAAAGUACAGUUAUACAAAUCAUUGAUCAUAGGCCUCUAGAUGUUAAUGCAAGUUGGAAUGAAAAUAAAGUUGAUUUAAUCAUUGAACAAGUGGGUUCUUGUGCUACUUUAAUAGCUGAUCAAAUAAUAUCUACAGCUGAUGGCUUGUUGUUUAGAGAAAUAGGAUAUUUAUUAUAUGCCACAAUCAUAUUUGAUACUCAAAGUUUGAGCCCUGAAACUAAGAGAGCCAAAGAGUUAGACUUCAAAAUAGCUGAAUAUCUAGAAACUAAUUACAACUUUCCUGAUAGACGAGAAAAUUUGUACAAAAAAAUUUGGAAAGCACACAAUGAUGUAUCCCAUCUCACUCCUAAACAAAUUUUGACAAAAGAUUGUAAAGUAGUAAAGAAGGUCCCAGUUCCUGGUUUACCAAUGUUGGUAGAAGAUUUUCUGAACUUAGAUGGAGCUUAUGAAGCUAUAAGAUUAUUUGCUAUUGACAAUGAUGUGCCUCUGUUAGUUAUAAUGGGAAUAGACACUACUGAAGUUGUUAGGAGAGAUAUUGCUAUAUUUUUUACCACUGAUGGAGAAAAGCUAAUGGAUAAAUUGUUGAAAAUGCUUUGUAAUUGUCAACAAGUAAAAGGUUAUGACUUUCGGUUCAAAGAAAUAAACACAGAGUUUGAAAACAUCAAGUGUUUUAGGCAGGAAAAUGUCACUUUAAGUAGAAAACAAAUUAUACCAAUUAUUUUAGAUGCAGUUGAGUUGUGAGUUUAUGGCUAAUGUGCAUUAUUCAUAAAUUAAUAAAGAUCCAAUUUGUAUUAUCUAAUCAAUGAAGUAUUGAAACACACACAUCCUUAAAUAAUGGACAACAAUGCUUUGUUAGACCCUCUGUCUCUGGCUAAUGUAUUGUUAUAAAUUUAAGUUAACUUUACAAUCUUGCCUCUUCUAAUUUUGGAUUGAGAAUGAUUCCUUCAAAGGAUUAUGGACCUCAUUGGAGUGUUUGGGCUUAGUUUAUCAACUUUCUAAUUUCCUUCUACUCCGGUGCCUAAAACAGGAUAAAAUGUCAUUCCUGCUUAGUUCAUAAGCUAAUAAAAGAAUAGCUCGGUGCUAGAUUAUUAUUCUCUGUCUUCAAUAUUUUUUAUUGAUAUUGAACUGGACUCAUCUCCCAUAAAUUAAUGAAAAUAAAAAAUCGUUUAAUAAUGAUAAAAGACCAUACAAAAAAAAUCACUAUUUAUUAAAUUUUUACAUUUUUGUAAUGCGUGAUGCUAUUUCUUUUUAAAUUUAUUUUGUUUUCACAUGUCAAGAAUUAUUUAAUGUAGAUUGUAGAUCAUCCGCAAGAUCAAAUAUAAUUAUUGGAAUUUGAUGGCGUUAUUUCUCACUUCCGGUUCAGACAUUGUAUCCGAAUUGCAUACAAAUGCAAAAUUGGCGGCCACUGCAUCAUAAAAAGUUUUGCGUCUUCUUAACUCGUUUAACAAUUGGUCGCAUAUUAAGAAGGAAAUGGUCAUGUCCUUGUAACAACACUUCUCCCUUGCAACUUUCAUCGUCUAGUUUCUUCCUCUUAAUUAUUCUCUUGAAUGUUUCUGUAUUCUUCUGAGCAUUUUCUUUUACCAGCUU